UUCGGAAUUGCAUUGGCAGUUUUGAAACUAAAAUGGACUGUUAGUGCGUUGACGGAAUUGUGCUAUACAGAUAAGCGAACACUAAUGAAUUGAAUCAUCAGUAUAUCGAUAUUCCAUCAAGAGACGAAAAAUAAAAUAAAAAAAGAGGCAAAAGAAAAAGUGCAAUAAAUUAUAUUUAUGACUCGAAUUGAACGAACAAUGGACUCGAGCAUAAAUCAGGUGUAAUAACGUACGAAACUCAUCAUCGAUUCGAACUUGAUAUUUAUGCGAUAAGGAAACGGCGAUAAAUAAAAGUGCUGACUGUUGAAAAAAAAAUCAAAUGAAUGAAUAAAAUGCCGUCGACGUCGUCAGUGCAGGAGCCUCCAGAAACGCCGAGUAGCGGCAAUGAUGGGAAUAGCAGCGUACAUGAGAUGCCAAAGGAUCUCGUGAAGGCUCAAGAAAUCAUCGACGAGCUACGUCUCAAAUGUCGCGUACAAACGGAACAAAUUCUCGCAUGGAAAAAAGCUUAUUCAAUUCAGAAUGAGCAACAUUACCGCGAACAAAAAGCCAAAACGGACCAACUCAAUUAUCUGACGAGUCAAUUGCUGUUGUUAGAAUCCAAGUUAAUUAAAAAACAGAAACAAAUCGCCAACCUCCUGUACCAAAGGGAACUCACGAUUUUCCGCCAACAAAAAAUAAUUGAGUCACUUUCGUCGCGUCUCAUCGAUCACGGGAUUCUCGAUCCAAACUCUCUUGAUGUCACAACGACAGAUUUAGACUCUUUGAAUGACUCCGACUCCGCUGUCGUUCUCGAAGACAUUGACUCCGACACCUGCAGCGGCUCCAUUGGUCUCAUGAAGCAACGUCGUUCGAACGACAGCGUCACAAUUGUUCGUUCCAUUUCCGAUGCGAUCGAGACAAAUUUGAAAUACGGCAACACACGACGCUCAAAUUGCUUCUUGCGACGCCCCGACAUCCUCGAAACCGUUUACAGCGUCGAAGAAGACUCGGAAAAUCAGCAACAGAAUCAAGACAAGUCCGACGUGAUGGAAAAACGCGACAAAUUCAAGAAUCGAACGUUGCAUCGUGUCGAAACGGAUUGCUCGGAUGACAAUGAAUUAGCGCACGAUGAUUCGACGCCAACGCCCGCCGUCGUCGUUGUCGAGAGGAAUUGUGUGAGUGAACAAACGCCGCCGCAGCAAAUUUGCUACAAUCGCGUCAUGUCGAACCAUCGAGCUGUCACCAAAGUCAAAGACGUCAAAUACAAACGCAUCAACAAGGCAAAGUCAAAAAGUCUCGAGGAGCUGCGGGGACGUCUACGACAUUGGGUCGAACGGGGCGUCAGUAGUUUGAACUCGCAAGAUCAUCAUGCGGCGCCGCAACAAGCGCAAGCUUAUGCCUGACAAGUUCCUAAAAGCUCGCAUU